AUGCCCGCCCGCGCCCCGCCGCGCCGCCCGUGGCCGCCGCUGCCGCUGCCGCUGCUGCUGCUGGCCCUGAGCGGCCGCUGCCUGCGCGCCGAGCCCGGCGACGGCGCGCAGACCUGGGCCCGCUUCGCGCGCCCUCCGGCCCCUGAGGCUGCGGGGCUCCUGCACGACACCUUCCCCGACGGCUUCCUCUGGGCCGUGGGCAGCGCCGCCUACCAGACGGAGGGCGGCUGGCGGCAACACGGCAAGGGCGCGUCCAUCUGGGACACUUUCACCCACCGCCCCGCUGCGCCCCUCAGCGGCCCCCCAGGAGCGGGCCUGCCGUCGGGCGUCCCGUCGCCGACCCUGCCCGCCACGGGGGACGUGGCCAGCGACAGCUACAACAACGUCUUCCGGGACACGGAGGGGCUGCGCGAACUCGGGGUCACUCACUACCGAUUCUCCAUCUCGUGGGCGCGGGUGCUCCCCACUGGCAUCGCCAGCGCCCCCAACCGCGAGGGGCUGCGCUACUACCGGCGUCUGCUGGAGCGGUUGCGGGAGCUGGGCGUGCAGCCUGUGGUGACCCUGUACCACUGGGACCUGCCCCAGCGCUUGCAGGACACCUACGGAGGCUGGGCCAACCGCGCUCUAGCCGACCACUUCAGGGAUUACGCUGAGCUGUGCUUCCGCCACUUCGGCGGCCAGGUCAAGUACUGGAUCACCAUUGACAACCCCUACGUGGUGGCCUGGCAUGGCUAUGCCACCGGGCGCCUGGCCCCCGGCGUCCGGGGCGGCCCGCAGCUUGGGUACUUGGUGGCGCACAACCUUCUCCUGGCUCAUGCCAAAAUCUGGCAUCUCUACAAUGCUUCUUUCCGCCCAACUCAGGGAGGCCAGGUGUCCAUUGCCUUAAGCUCCCACUGGAUCAGUCCUCGCAGGAUGACCGACCAUAGCAUCAAAGAAUGUCAAAAAUCUCUUGACUUUGUCCUAGGCUGGUUUGCCAAACCCGUAUUUAUUGAUGGAGACUAUCCCGAGAGCAUGAAGAAUAACCUUUCAUCUCUUCUGCCUGAUUUUACUGAAUCUGAGAAAAAGUUCAUCAAGGGGACAGCUGACUUUUUUGCUCUUUCCUUUGGACCAACCUUGAGUUUUCAACUGUUAGACCCUCAGAUGAAGUUCCACCAACUGGAAUCUCCCAGCCUGAGGCAACUCCUUUCCUGGAUUGACCUUGAGUAUAACCACCCUCAAAUAUUUAUUGUAGAAAACGGCUGGUUUGUUUCAGGGACCACCAAGAGAGAUGAUGCCAAAUAUAUGUAUUACCUCAAAAAAUUCAUAAUGGAAACUUUGAAAGCCGUCAGGCUGGACGGGGUGGACGUCAUUGGAUACACGGCCUGGUCCCUCAUGGACGGCUUCGAGUGGCACAGAGGCUACAGCAUCAGACGUGGACUCUUCUACAUCGACUUUCUAAGCCAGGAUAAGAAGUUGUUGCCGAAGUCUUCAGCCUUGUUCUACCAAAAGCUGAUAGAGAAAAAUGGCUUCCCUCCUUUACCUGAAAAUCAGCCCCUAGAAGGGACAUUUCCCUGUGACUUUGCUUGGGGAAUUGUUGACAACUACAUUCAAGUGGACACCACUCUGUCUCAGUUUACCGACCCCAACGUUUACCUGUGGGAUGUCCACCGCAGUAAGAGACUUAUUAAGGUGGACGGGGUUGUGACCAAGAAGAGGAAAUCCUAUUGCGUUGACUUCGCGGCCAUCCGGCCCCAGGUCGCCUUACUCCAGGACAUGCACGUUUCGCAUUUCCACUUCUCCCUGGACUGGGCGCAGAUCCUCCCGCUGGGGAACCAGUCCCAGGUCAACCGCACGGUCCUGCGCUACUAUCGCUGCGUGGCCAGCGAGCUCGUGCGCGCCAACAUCACCCCGGUGGUGGCCCUGUGGCGCCCCGCCGCCGCCGCCGCGCACCAGGGGCUGCCGCGGCCGCUGGCCCGGCACGGCGCCUGGGAGAACCCCCACACGGCCCUGGCUUUCGCCGAGUAUGCCAGCCUGUGCUUCAGGGACCUCGGCCACCACGUCAAGUUCUGGAUCACGAUGAGCGAGCCGUCUACGCGGAACAUGACGUACAGCGCGGGCCACAAUCUCCUGAAGGCCCACGCCCUGGCGUGGCGCGUGUACGACGAGAAGUUUAGGCGCACCCAGCACGGUAAAAUCUCCAUCGCCUUGCAGGCGGACUGGAUAGAACCGGCCUGCCCUUUCUCCCCCAAAGACCAAGACGUGGCCGAGCGAGUUUUGGAAUUUGACAUCGGCUGGCUGGCCGAGCCCAUUUUUGGCUCCGGGGACUAUCCUCCUGUGAUGAGAGACUGGCUGAAUCAGAGGAACAAUUUCCUCCUCCCUUAUUUCACGGACGAGGAAAAAAAGCUAAUCCGGGGUUCCUUUGACUUUUUGGCUGUAAGCCAUUACACCACUAUCCUUGUAGACUGGGAAAAAGAAGAUCCGACAAAAUACAACGACUACCUCGCCGUGCAAGAAAUGACCGACAUCACCUGGCUCAACUCCCCCAGCCAGGUGGCGGUGGUGCCCUGGGGGUUACGCAAGGUACUGAACUGGCUGAGGUCCAAGUACGGAGACCUCCCCAUGUAUAUAAUAUCCAACGGCAUUGACGAUGAUCCGCAGGCGGCCGAAGACCAGCUGAGAGUGUAUUACCUGCAGAAUUACGUAAACGAAGCUCUGAAAGCCUACAUAUUGGAUGAUAUCAAUCUUUGUGGAUACUUUGCUUAUUCAUUUAAUGAUCGCACAGCUCCGAAGUUUGGCCUCUAUCGUUAUGCUGCAAAUCAGUUUGAGCCAAAACCAUCCAUGAAACAUUACAGGAAAAUUAUUGACAACAAUGGCUUCCCAGAUCCUGAAACUCUGGGAAGAUUUUGUCCAGAAGAAUUUGCCCUGUGUACUGAGUGCAGCUUUUUUCAUACCCGAAAGUCUUUGCUGGCUUUCAUAGCUUUUCUAUUUUUUGCCUUUGUUAUUUCUCUUUCUCUUAUUUUUUACUACUCUAAGAAAGGCAGAAAGAAUUACAAAUAGUCUUGAACUUUUUUCCUAUUCUUUUGAAAUAAUUAUGCACAUAUACCAGCUGUUAACCAUUUGCACUUCUCAAUGUUGUGAAACUAUAGAUUUUAUUUAUCUGACUUCUAGAAAACCUUUUUGUGACAUCUGACAGAGGUUUUAAAAUGAGCAUAAGUGAUUGUAAAAUAAUGAAUAAUGCGGAUAGUGCCUAGAUUUGUUCUUUUUUUCUUGGGAGGGUAUGUUAAAAAAACCAGGGGCCAUCCAUUUUUGCAACACAUUCUAUAACAGAAGCAUGAGAAAUGGGAAUCGGUCUGUAAUGUUUUUACAGAAAUUGAAUGAAAAGAUUAAGAAUAUUUUAUCUGUGCACAUUCCUAAAUGUAGUGUUUAUCUCGACAUCAUAAUUGCAAGUGUUGGAAUCAAAAGUUAGUCCCAAGUAACUCUCUGUCAACUGCCAUAGUAUGCCUAAUGGUCUUUGUUGAACCAAGUUUCCCUUGAAAAAGAAGAUGACAGAAUAAUAGAACAGAUGACAAAAGGCCCUAGGCUGCAACAUUUCUUUUUAAAAGCAGUGUUUCUAUCAAAUGCUGCAAAUAUAAAUUUACAUAUCUGACUAAUGAUAUGCUUAACAGAACGGAUUACAGAACUCUGUAUUUUAUGUAUAAAAUAUAUUUAUAUUUUGAGGCACUCUAAAGCCCAGGUCCUUGAAGUCUUUGUGUCACUGGACCCUGCACUUGGGGACUUUCAAUAAAUGUGCACAGAAAGAUAAGCAUGAACCAUGCAAUGUUGGGCCCUUGAGGAAGCAUAAACUGACUGAAAUGCAUUGUACUACAGUGGCUGGGGGUGGGGAGUGGAGAGGAGGAAAAAGUACUUGUUAGUAGCAAGAUUAUGAUUAAUUUGAUUAUAAACAUUUAUUUAGAGCAGAUCUUGAAAUGAAUGGGUUGACCUUUCCUGAGAGAGUAAGAAUGAAAUAACAAUUCAUUUUAUGAGUGGCUCCACUUUCUGUUCCUUAGAAUAUGCCAUACUUUCUUUGAAUUGGGUUUUAAAA